AUUUUUUCAUCAGUGAUAUUUUUUUAAAAGAAAAAUUGACUAUUGAAUUAUACAUUUGAAAUUUUUUUUAAAAUUAGUGUAAAAUGAUCAUUCAGUAAAAUUUAUAUUCAGUUUAUGCAAAAAAUCAACAAAAUAUAUUAAUUUAAGAGCUUUAAAUGUGAUUGAAAAAGUUGGACAUCAAUUUUAUUUCACCAAGAUUGCUCAUUAAAAAAACACUCUUCAUGCUGAAGUAAUGACCGGUAUAGAUGUUAACAUCAAAAAGUUUAUAAAUUAAUAUUCAAAAAAGUCAAAUUUGCUUUUGUAUACCAUCAUGGAUCAAAGUUCGGAAGAAAUUGCUCAAACUUUUGAGAUCAUCGACAAAGCAGAAGCAAUGCCUGAUUCUGUGUGCGAGAAUGAUAGCACGAACAAUAAUGAAAUAUCAACAUCUGACAUUCAGCCAAGUCAAACAACAAAUGGCGAAAAUGAUGACGAUAAUAACAACAAAAUUUCCAACAAAAAAUACUCAAGAGAUCAACUAAUACAAAUGAAACAAAUUUCCUCAACUUUAAUUCCAAAUCUGAAGAAGGAAGUAAAAAAUCUUCUGUUCAAAGAGACAUCGGAACUUGAUAACACAUUGAAUCGAACAUAUCGAAAUGAUGCCACGAUGCCAAAUUUUGUGAACAAUCUACAAAAUCGUCCAUAUCAGAAGCAGAGAUCUACUGAGUCUGGACGAAGAUCGCAGCAAGGUAAUCGUCCUCCAAUCACAAUUCGAUUGCAGUCAAAUGAAGAAAUUAAAUUGAAUGAAUCGAAAAAUGCAUGGAAACCUCAAAAUUUGGCAGUCAAAGCUUCCGAACGAUCAGAAGAAGAGCUUAAAACAGAUGAAUUAAUCAAACAAUUUAGAAGCAUCCUUAACAAGUUGACCCCGGAAAACUUUUCCACUCUCGUUGAAAAACUCAAAGUUUUGCACAUUGACACUGUUGAUCGUUUGGAUACGUGUAUUUCACUGGUCUUUGAGAAAGCUAUAACUGAGCCUAAUUACGCUUCUAGUUAUGCUUUAUUAUGCAAGCAAGUCGCCGAUGUAUUCAUUGUGCCAUUAGAUCCCAAUAAUACUCAGCAGAAGGCUGUUUUUAAGAAACGAUUAAUAUCACAAUGCCAACGUGAGUUUGAAAAGCAUCGCGAUAAUGAACUGAUAAAGAACACUGCCGAACGUUUGAAAAUGAUUGAAGAAGAAGAGGAUCUGGUCAGAAAGGAAGAGAUGAAGCAAGAAUUUUAUUUUGAAAGUACUAAAGUUAGAAAACGUGCUGUUGGAACUGUACACUUUAUUGGUGAACUCUACAAGAUUGAAAUGUUAACGUCAAAAAUCAUGCGAUUAUGUAUAAGUCAUUUAUUGGACUCGUCUAUGUGCAGUGAAGAAACUUUGGAAUGCUUAUGCAAAUUGCUCGAUACUGUUGGUAAACGAUUGGAAAAAUUGGAUGCAAAUAAAGUUGACUUAUCGGACUGUUUUGCAACAUUGGAAAAACUAGCUGAUAAAAAGAAUCCUAUCGGAAUCAGUUCAAGAAUACGAUUUAUGAUACAGGACGUAAUUGAAUUAAGAUUAAAUAAUUGGACUCCGAGAAAAAUUCAUAAAGAGAACAAACCGUUAACCAUGGAUGAAAUUAAGCAGCAGGUUAUUUUGGAACAAGCUAUAAAGGAUAUGGAUAAUAAAGAUUCGAUUCGUGAAUCACAUGAUAGAGGCAAUCGCCAAAAUCAGAGACGUACUGGAGCAAUAAAUGAAGAAGGUUGGAGCACACCUUAUUCAAAAUCACGACCCGUUAAAUUUGAUCCUCUAAAACUUCCAACAAAUGCAAGCGAUGAUAUUAAAUUGGGGCAGCCUUCAAAUUUCCAAAGUUUUAGUAACUUUCAAAGUAAUAGAUUUGCAGGCCUUAAAGAAGAAGACCAGUUUCAAGAGCAAUCAAACAGAAAUUAUAAUGGUCGUUUCAGUGGUGGAAAUCCAAAUAUGAACAAUCAAAAUCGCAAUAAUACAUUUGAUAACCGUAAUAACCGUAAUAAUAAUAAUAAUAAUAAUAAUAAUAACAAUAAUAACCGUGGAAAUAAUCGUACAGCAGGAUCUAAAAGCCUUCAAGCAUCAUCGCUUCAAGGAAAUCAAGGAAAGUUUGGAUCUAGUCGUAAUACAAAUAAUGUUGAAAGACACCGGAAUCCAAGCAUGCAAUUCUUUAACCGUCAAAGUGAUCUUCCAAUGAAAGGAUCAAAUACACUGCCACGAAAAAUUUCUGCCCCAGCUCGUCCAAUGCAAUAUUCAGAUGCAUUUAUACAAGAAAAAACCCUCAUAAAUGAUCCGGAAAAAGUUUUGAAUAUCACAAAGUCUUCCAUAAAAGGAUAUCAACAGAAAGAAAUUACAAUGGAAGAAAUAAUAGAAAACCUUCGCAAAUUCAAAAUUAAUAAAGAUUCACUACUUCGAAUCUUUAAUUGGGUUUUUGAUCAUCACGAUAAUGAACGUUUAACUCUAUCCGAAAUUGUAUGUGAAGCAGUUUGCAGAAAUGUCGUAAUGGCUAAAGAAUUGUUAGAUGCAUUGAAAGAAAUUAUCGAACUUGCGCAGGACUUAGUUUGCGAUUUACCACUUGUUUAUAGUUAUAUUGGUCAAUUAUUAGCUCUUCCUUUAGCAAAAAGAAUAAUUUAUUUCAAAGAUUUAAUGGAAAUUUCAAAAUCACAAAUUGAAACGAAUAAUGGCGAAGUUAUACUCAAAAACGUUUUUCGAAUCAUUGAACAGCAGCAUGGAAAGGAUUCUUUCGUUGAGCUUUACAAAGAAGCUAACAUAGAUUUCCAGAUGUUCUUAGAUCAAGAAACUAAGUUAAUUGAUUUCCUCAAUACAAAUAAUUUUGGUUAUUUGAUACAAGAGGUAGCACCAGAAACUGUAGCGUUUGAUGAAGAAUUGAAGAAAACACUUGAAGAAAAAAUGAAUGCAGAGUCAGAUGUUGAAGCAAUUAUCUUGUGGAUAACCAGCAAUAUCAAAGAACGUGAUAAUUCUUUCAUUCGUGUUUUAAUGGAGCUGAUCUUAAAACGAAGCAUUGAAAAGCUUCCAGACGGUUCAUAUAAAUUGGAACGUGAAAAGCUUGAUAUUGGUGCAUCCUUGCUAACCCAGUUUGUUGAGAAAAGUAAAGAUAAACAGAUUGAAUGUCUCAAGGUCAUACAUCACUUUAUGAACGAAUUAGAACAUCCAAGUGGCUGCCUAAAUGAUAUUUUAUCAUGUCUGUAUGAUAAUUUUGCAUUGUCAAAGAGUGCAUUUUUCAAAUGGCAUGACGACAGUGAUCCCCUUGAGCAAGAAGGAAAAGGUGUUGCUCUAAAAAGUAUCCACCCUUUUAUUCAAUACUUGAAAAAUGAAAAGGAUGACGAUGAAUCUACAGGCGAUGAAAACUAAUUAUUCUUCAUAUUUUUAUGUAAUUUUAUAUGCUAAUUAUAUACAUAUUCUGUUUAUUUCAUAUACGAUGUAAAAAAUUAUCAGCUUUCCUUGUUAUUGAAAACAAUUGCAAAAAUAAUAAUAUUCAAUAUCUAAUAAUUCAUAACUUAACUUCCUUUUCUUUUUUUUUCUUUUAAAAAAAGCAGUAUACAAGAAAUGAUUUUUAAAGAAAGAAAAAAAAAUACUGUAGAUUUUUUGGUGUUUUUAAUUUUUUAUCUUUCAUUCUUUUUACUAAAACAAGUGUCCUUAAUUGGAAGAAAGUUUUUCUUUAUCAUAACAAAAAAAAAAAUUGUGACUUUGUCGUGAAGAUUGAAUAUGCUUUCGAAAAUGUCAUCGAUUUAAUAUUUUUUUUUUCUUUGAAAUUAUACAUAUUUACACAUAAUAUUGCAUCACUAAUCAUUAAAAUCAUACAUACAAUUACUUUUUGCUUUUUCAUUCGGGGACUGAUAUAUUGAUAUAUUGAUAGUAACGAUAAAUAUUCAAAAAUAUUGUUUUUGUUUUUUUUUCUUAUUUCUAUAUGAUUUUGAUUUUUUUUUAUUUUAAUAAAGGCAAACGCAUUGAGUUGAAAUUUUGGAUUCUUAUAUUUUCUUAUUCUUAUCAAAAUUAUUAAAUGUAAUUUUUCCAGACAUUCGAUUAUUUUU